CUUUGAAGCAGAGCUCUUCAGAUUCGUAAAAGGGAAGAAGCACAAGUACUCAGCUAACUGUGAGGAGACAUGAUUUUAAAGCUGCUCAUUCUGUUGUCCCUGGCUGUGCUGGUCCGCUCUGACUUGAGAGCAAGGGACCCGGGGUUAGAGGAGGAGCCCGAGAAAGAGCUCCUGAAACAGGGUGACUGGCACCCCCAACACCACUUCGGGGUACAGCCUGAGACGCAUGGGUUUGUGACCCCUGGGGACCCCCCAGCAGAAAGCACAACGAAGAUUGCGCUUCCCACAGGAGAGACAGCAACCCCCCAACUUACAGCCCGGACAGGAAACUGGUGUGCCUUCGUCCACUCUCGCAUGGUGACCACCGCGGUGUCCUGCGGCACAGAGCAAUACACCAUCCAAUCCCAGAAGCCCUGCCCCUAUGGGACUCCCGACUGCCAGCUCGUAAUGUACAAGCUGUCCCUGCGGCCGGUGUAUCGGGAAAAGCAGAAGGUCUUCACAGCACUGCAGUGGAGGUGCUGCCCCGGACACAUGGGAGCACACUGCGAGGAGACAGUUGCAGCUUCGAGCUACGUGUCUGUACCGAUCAACCAGACAGCAGGAAGCAGGGAGCAGGAAUCUCACCAGUCUCCAGGCCCAGUUCCCCCUCAUCUCCUCCCGCUCCCUGCAUAUCCAGGGAAGGUGAUGCGGAUGGCUGGAGAGGAAAGAGGUCUGCAGAAUGAUAUCCAGCACCCAGGCAGCUUGCUGCAGGACCUUCACUCACUACUGGGGGAAAACAAGACCUUCGGGCCCGACCUGAACCAGAACAGAACAGACUUGGCUGCCCCACUGUCUCUCCUGGCUCAGCUGCUCCUGCCUCACCUGGAGGCCCUUGUGAAGGAACAUGUGCAGAGGGAGUGGGCUGGCUUCAACAAGAGCCUGCAGAGUCUGUCCCGAGAGCUGGGGGUGUUGGCCUGGGAUGUGGAGGUGCUGCGAAGGGGGCAGAAGAGGGGGGCAGAUGGGGAGGGCAAAGAGGGAAGGCAGCACUUUGAGUCGGAGCUGCAGGAGAAAGUAAACAAGCUGGAGGGGGCGCUACUGAGCUCCCGGGGCUCUGAGCUGCAGGACAAGCUUCACUCCCAGCAGGCCUCACUCCACUACAACCUGACCGCCAUUAAGACAGAAACGGACAUAAAGGUGAAGCGCAACCAGAAGAUGAUCCAGGUGAAGCUACAGGCGCUCAACAGCUCCCUGGCUGAGGUGAAGAGGGAGCAGGAGAGGUUGGGAGAGGAGCUCCGCAGGCAGAGACACAGCGGGAGAGAGGAGGAGGAGGAGGAGGGUGGUGUUGUGGGAGGACAGAACGGAAAGGGUGGGUUCAAUCCCAGUGUUUGGGAGGCAAUCCGGCGGCUGGAGCGCAAGGUGUCGGAGAACUCUGGGAACGUGACCUAUCUUGUGGAGGAGAAUGACUUCUCCGCGCAGAACGUUCAGGACCUGCAGCGGGGGUUCCGGAGCCUGGAGAGCGCCCUGCAGGAGACGGCCAGGGAGAUCCGUGUGCUGUUCAUGGAAUCCGGGCUGACAGUGGAGGACAACAAGGUGGAGGUGCUGCAGGGGGUGACGGGGCUGGCAGCCAACCUGAGCGCCCUGGAGAGCCAGCUGAGGAACAUUAGCGCCAAGGUGGAGGAGUUCUCACUGGACAUCGAUGACCUCUAUGGCCUCUACCCCAGCCACUGCAACUGCCAGAGCCUGGCCGCAGAGCUGGCCCUGCUGGGAGAUGAGCUGAGAGAGGAGCUGAGGAACUGCACCCGGGUCACAGAGAGCACCAGGCACGAGCUGGAGAACGCCAGCCAUGGGGCCUGGCGGCCGGGCCUCACCAGCUCUGUGGAGGACCUGAUCGUGGGGCUACAGCAGGUGCAGCGCACCCUGGCUUUUGAGCAGGAGAAGCACAGGGCGCUGCAGCUCAGCAUGUCACAGCUACAGGAGGCCGGGCUGGGGCUACAGCGUGAAGUGAGCAGGCUGCUAGACAGGGAGGGGCACUGGACCAUGGAGAUCCAGAGGCUGUCCAGCUCCUUCCAGUCCCUGCUGGGGGAUGCUGUGAGACACGCAGAGGUGCUGGAGGCCUUGCUGGGGGCAGAUGUGCUGGAGUUCACCAGCGAGAUGUCCUCACAGCUGGGGGAGCUUUCUGUCCCCGCCCUGCAGGAGAGUGUGAGGGACACCCUGGCCGGACUCCAGGCACACAACUCCAGCCUAGUGUCCCUGGAGAGGAGAGUGGAGGGGCUGCUGCUGGAGCUGGGGAGGGAGAGGAAUGAACGGGCUUCUCCCCCCAUAUCCACCAGCGAGGGGCCCCCCAGUAGGAACUCCAGAGCUGUGGAGCACAGGAGCGGACACCUGAGGCUACGGGAACCACCAAUGGGGGAUCGGCCCCUAGACAAAGAGCUCUCAGCCCUGGAGGGGAUGCUGAAGGCUUUAGGGACCCAGGUGAGGAGGCUGGAGGAGCAACAGCAGCCCUGCCCCCAGUCCUGCUGUAACUGUACUGCAGUGCCCUCUGGUGGUUGGGCAGGGGAGCUGCAGAAAUUCAGGCAGGAUCUGGAAAACCACCUGCAGGUUUUCCACAGAAUCUUCGGGGACGCAGAGGCACUGACUGCCUCAAACGUGACAGUGGAUCUGAGCCAGCUGUGGAGCGCAAUGAGGAAGAUGGAGAGGAAAAGGCAGAGGGGGAGAGAGAGAGGGAGAGAGGGAGACAAGACAUUGCGAUCGGGGGCCACGGUCAAGCGGAACACGAAGGAAGCAUGGCUAGAGGCACAUGUGCCCCUGGACCCCCCGGUUGUGUUCCUGGCCAGCACCCCCAAGGUGUCCAGUCAGACCGGGAUGGUGGUGUUCGAGCAGACGGUGCUGAACACGCGGCAGAGUUACUCCCCCGAGACAGGUUUCUUCACCGCCCCAGCCCGCGGCCUGUACCUCUUCACACUGAGCCUGGACUUCGGGCCAGGCCCGGCGCUGGGGCAGUUCAUGAGGGGAGAGGUCCUGGUGGCUAGACUGCACCAGAACCACAGGAGACCCGUGGGCUCACUGACCCGGGUCUGUCUGCUGGAGCUGGUCAGGGGCGAGCAGGUCCGAGUGGAGCUGAUGCAGGGGUCCUUGGAGAGAGGCAGCCAGGCUGACAACACCUUUGGAGGUGUGCUGUUGUUUAGAACGUCCUGAUGGCUCUCCCUCCUCUUGUCGCCUUUAAAACACAGUGGUGGUUGCAUAAAAAUCAAACACUCUUCACUAAUAAUUUAAGUUAUUAUUCUUUUCUUGAAGUUAUCGAAGGUAUUAAUUUAAGUGCACAAGGAUGGUUUAUGUAAACCACCUGUGCGGUACAAAUCCAACAUUUUCAAAGGCAAAAAAAACAACAAAAGGGACAUUUUAAUUUAAGGUGUUUUAUGCAACUGUCCACUGGCCCUGAAACCGCCUCACAAACUUUGGACAGAUUAACUUGAUACAGAAACUUUUAAUUUAAAAGGAAUUUUUUUAUUUUUCAUAGAACAAAACCAGCUCUGUUUAAGGAGUUUUGCGAUCGUCAGUAUUGAAAAAAAAAAAAGUAUAAAAUAUGGGGACAGAGAAUCGAAUAUCAUCCUUAAAACAACAACUGGAUACUUUAUGCAGAGAAAUCAAUGCUGACCAGAUACAGGCUUUAGCCCCAAAUAGUUUGUUUUUUCCAAUUGCGCCAAAUGUAAUUUAUAGCUUGUUCUGUAACUACUUUUAUGUAAUGGAUUUCCAUUGGUGUUUUAUACCUCUCUCCUGUAGGUGGAGCUACUGAGACAUUCAUAUUGUAUACCCACUUACAGGUGGGGGUAUUGUAAUAAAUAAUAAAUUUAUGUAUGUGUUUCCA